AUGACUAUAGAACUCAGACUCCAUUCCCCCUAACUUACCAAAACUAUAGAAAUAGAAGAUCAUAAAAAAGAGACUAACUACAGAUCCCUUUAAGUUUAAAAAUCACUUAAUCUUUUCUCAGAAUAGCAUGAUGAAUAAAUUACUAUGAUUAAAAAAAAGAUAUUAAACUAAUAGCUUAGUAUUUUCAACGAUGAAUUAAUCAAUGCAAAUUACUAAUAAAAUAGCCCUGAACAUGAGCAAAAUAAUCUUUAAAUAAGUUUGAAUACUUUAAGAAAUAAUGAUGAACAAUCUAUGUAGUCACUUUCAAACAAAAAUUGUUACUUUUGUUCAUAAGAUAAAAACUUAAUUUAGAUAUGCCCUUGUUCAUAUGCUCAUUAAAGUUGUGCAACAAAUUACAUUUAAACUGGCAGUAUAAUGAAAAGAAUCUCUUGCUAACAAUGUAAAUAAAAAUACCAUCUCAAAGGUUGCAUUUACUUUGAUUUCAAAAAAUGGAAAGAAUUCAAAUUUUCUUUAUUUUUUGAAUUUCUAUUAAUGUCACUCGUUGUAAUACUUGUGACCUACUCGGCUAUAAAAAUUGGAGAAUAGUUUAAUUAAAAUACUAACUAAAUUAGCACCUAUACAAAAAUUAUCUUACUAUGUACUCUCGGAUUUAUUAUUUGUGUAGUCGUCAUUUCUAAGAUACUUUAGCACUUUAAAGCUAUUAAAUUUGAAGUUUAAUAAUACUACCCAAGAAAUAUUGAAUAUAACAUUUAAUAUCUUAAACUCUUAGUUCAAGAUUGA